AUGCGUGUAGGUACGCAACACUUAGAGGUAACUUUACCAACGAGACAUUUCGCCCGCCGUAACAGAUUUCUACAGUGGAAUACAGGCGAUUACAACGCUGGAGACUGUCGCAGCAGUUUACGUGUCGAUAUAAUUACGGUGGGAUAUCCCCUGACUGUUCCUUUACAGCCAGGUACCAUAGAUCUUUUAUCUGUGCCUGUGUCAGUAAUACUUGUGGACGAUAAAGGCGAGUUUAUUGGACAACUCAUAUCCAUCCUGUGGAUAGUAGCACAAGAUCAUCCCUGGCUGUCUGCAAGAAAGAACUGGGUUAGUUUCUCGAGUCAGUUCCUGAGCAACUGGGCUGUUGUGCUUACGUUGGACUUCGUGCGGCCAGCACCUACAGCCUGGUUGACCCUCUCAUCCACCAAGAGACCUGGUCUGGAACCGGUCCGCGAGGGUACUGACCUUUGGAACACAUUCCAGUGUGACCCCCAGUGUAUGUUUGUUGGCAGGAUCAUCCAGUGGUCCGGGGAGUACAGUGCUGACGGUACCAUGAUGUACUACACACGAGAUGGUGAAGCUGAGGAACUCUUCCUGCCAGGACCUGUCAAGCGACCACUUACACUCAUGCUGUUGUUCCAGACGGAAAAUCCAGGACUGGCGUGGGAGUACACACUCCCCCAGCACGACGUCACCUACACCCCCACCUUCACCUGGCUACACUCUGAUUGGUCUGUGUGCACCGUCACCUGCGGAGAAGGCACCCAGGUAUCCAAGGUACAGUGUAUGGAAAAAGAAGCUGGUCUGGUGGAGGAACAGUACUGUCGUGGCCAGCAAAAGCCCAGCGACCGCUCCAGGGCGUGUAACAAACACGCCUGCCCCGCCUGGUGGUGGUCUGGCCCCUGGCAGCCCUGCGCUAUCACUUGUGGCAGUGGCGGCGUCAGGAGAAGGACUGUCAUCUGCGUUCGCUCCUUCGGUCCCACUCAGCAGAUGGCGCUGCUGGACUCUGCCUGUGACGACAGUGACAAGCCCCACGAGACGGAGGUGUGCCCCACGCUGCCACCCUGCCCACAGCUCCUGGAAUGGAGUGUGGGGGCCUGGAGCCAGUCGUGCACUUUGGACCCUUGCGACUUCGAGGAGCGCGAAGUGCUGUGUGUGGCUCCAGGAGAGAACUGCGAUCCCCUCUCACGUCCGCCAGACAGACGUCAGUGUGGUAAUCUCACCUGUGGAGUGUGGCAGGUGGGCAGCUGGUCCAAGUGUUCCUCUCCGUGUGGUGAAGGAGUGCAGUUCCGACCCGUGUCUUGUGAAGGUGGGCUCGCAUGCAGAGAGAUAGAUGAGCCCAAGAGUGUCCAGGAGUGUAUCGGCAACUGUCUGGAUGACGAGACACACUUGGAGAUUAACGACGAUCUCAUGGACGAACUUCUGUCCUUGAGCAUCUCUGCUGUUACCACUCCAAAGGGGAUAUUAGCUACAACUCCUGGGGUUACAUCCACUACGACUCCGGCGAGCAUAUCCUCUACGACUCCAGUUAAUAUAUCCUCUGCGACUCCAACUGGAACAUUCUCUACGAGUCUUGUAGAUAUAUCCACUACAACACCAGGGAGUAUAUCCUCUACGACUCUAUCUCAUACAAUCUCUACGACUCCAACUGAUAUACCCUCUACGAUUUCUGUAGAUAUAUCCACUAUGGCACCAGAGAGUAUAUCCUCUACGACUCCAGCGGGUAUGUUCUCCACUAUUCGGGAAGUUAUACCAUCUUCGAAUCCAGGGAGUAUUUCAACUAUGACUCCAUUAGGUACAUCCUCUACAACUAUAUCUUCUCCGACUUUGGGGAGUGCAUCCUCUACGACUAAGGUUGGAGUAUUCUCUACUAGUGCUUCCACCAACAUUCUGCCCACCACUUCUACCCCACCACACACAUCCACUAGCCUCACUACGUCUACUGUCCUCAGUAUCACCACAGCAGCUGUCCCCACCUUCCACACUGUGUCACUCACCUCCGAGUCAAGUAGCACUGAGCCAGCUUCAUAUGACCUACCUCUGCCGCCAAUUAUCACAACACCAUCUACCUCGAAUGAAGCCUCUACGAGUGAGGCUCUAGCAACAGCGCCGACAAUAGAGUUUUCUAAUUUUUAUCCCACUGAUGAGACAACAGUAGAAGUACUGCGAUCAUCCACCACUAUUCCGUCAAAGAAUUCAAGAAGCAAAACGCUGAUAACACAGCCGGAAACCAUGACAGAUCCCCCAUCAACCACAGCAUCAGUCUUUACCAGUUUGCCUGUUGUAGACUCAAAUACUCCAGAAACAACUACAGCAUCAGUUUCUACUGGUUUGCCUGUUGCAGACUCAAAUAUCCCAGAAACAUCAACCACAGCAUCGGUCUUUACAAGUCUGCCUGUUGAAAAAUCAAAUAUUCCAGAGACAUCAACCAUAAAAUUAGUCUCGACCAGUUUGCCUGUUGCUGGCUCAAAUAUUCUGGAGACAUCAAUCACAGCAUCAGUUUCUACCAGCCUGCCGGUUAAAGACUCAAAUAUUCCAGAGACAUCAACAACAACAUCAGAAACAUCCACAACAUUUAUAUCUACCAGUCUUCCUGUUGCUGACUCAAAUAUUCCAGAGACAUUAACAACAGUAUCAAUACCUACCGGUCUACCUGCUGCAGACUCAAGUAUUCCAGAGACAACCACGGUUGCCCCAGUAUCUGGACCAACUACAGCACUACUACCUGUAAAGUACUCUCCUGAGAUCGGUACCUUGGCAAAUGGCGAAGUAGCUGAGAAGAGAUACAGUGUAGAGGAUGACCACGAAGCUAGCAAAGUGGCUUUUGAAGAUAAUGACAGAGCAGAUAAUGAUAUGGAUGACACAACAGAUGCUGCAGCACAGAAGCUAAACUCGACUUUAAGUGAAGAUAACAUCGAGAAUAUACAGAAAGAUAAAGCAGCAUCUUUCAAGGAAAACAUGUCAGAUGCUCAUGAUACACUUGGUGACACCGUCUCGGAAACUCUUCCAGAAACUGAUCAUGAAAACAUUCAUGUUCUGGAAUCUUUCAGUGAAGUCGAUGUUGAAUCAAAGACACUAAAACCAGAGGAUAAGAUGGUUCUUAAUAACAGGUCUUCAGCAGAAGAAAAGCUUCCUGACGGUGAGAUACACCCGGAGAGCCAGAUUCCUGAUAAUACACAGGUCUCCGCAUCACCUACUUCUGCAGAUGACGACCUCAAAACAGGUGAAGCCCCACUUGUCACAGAGGCACCUACACAGAUGCAGCAACACACUCAAUCGGAGUUAUCUUCUGAACUAGAAGAAUCAACUGAAGAAGAGGAGGUGGAAGCAGAGGAGCAACGCCCCGAUGGAAUCAUCGAGGACAAAAUCAAUGUUGAUGACUUCGAGGUGAUUGAGAUACUUGAGCUACCGCCGAAGACUAAUGGUAAGAAACACAGGAAGAAGGUUCUCCUCCACAGCGGCGCCAAAGCCGUGGACGUCCUGUAUGAGCUGGCGGAAGAGCAAGCAGCAAAGAAAGCAGCCACCACCUUUCUGCCAAACAAUAGCUUGGAUAAUAUGGUACCCAAGUACCAGUGGAACAUCAGCAACUGGUCAGAGUGUAGUGUUGAGUGUGGAGGUGGUAAGCAGCUCCGAAGUGUUACCUGCCAGGAUCUCUCCUCCAACACUCCUGUUCAUCCUCAGCUCUGCAUCCUUCCGGCUCCCCAGAAUGUUCAGUCAUGCAACACGGUGGAGUGCGGGGAGUGGAGGGUAGGGGAGUGGAGUGCGUGCUCGUCCUUGUGUGAGCUCGGGGAGCGGGUGCGAUCCGUGGAGUGCGUGGAGGGUGAGAGAUGUCUCUCACACACCCGACCAACAGAGGUGGAAGCUUGCAACCUGGGCCCCUGUGUGCAGUGGGUUGAGGGCCCCUGGAGCCUCUGUACCAAGUGAGUACUCAAACUUCCCUCUUU